AUGGAGACCAAUAGAGCCCCUCCUGAUAAGAGUGAUAAGAGAAUGGAGACCAAUAGAGUCCCUCCUGAUAAGAGUGAUAAGAGAAUGGAGACCAAUAGAGUCCCUCCUGAUAAGAGUGAUAAGAGAAUGGAGACCAAUAGAGUCCCUCCUGAUAAGAGUAAUAAGAGAAUGGAGACCAAUAGAGUCCCUCCUGAUAGGAGAAUGGAGACCAAUAGAGUCCCUCGUGAUAGGAGAAUGGAGACCAAUAGAGUCCCUCCUGAUAAGAGUGAUAAGAGAAUGGAGACCAAUAGAGCCCCUCCUGAUAAGAGUAAUAAGAGAAUGGAGACCAAUAGAGCCCCUCCUGAUAAGAGUAAUAAGAGAAUGGAGACCAAUAGAGCCCCUCCUGAUAAGAGUAAUAAGAGAAUGGAGACCAAUAGAGCCCCUCCUGAUAGGAGAAUGGAGACCAAUAGAGUCCCUCCUGAUAAGAGUGAUAAGAGAAUGGAGACCAAUAGAGUCCCUCCUGAUAAGAGUAAUAAGAGAAUGGAGACCAAUAGAGUCCCUCCUGAUAGGAGAAUGGAGACCAAUAGAGUCCCUCGUGAUAGGAGAAUGGAGACCAAUAGAGUCCCUCCUGAUAAGAGUGAUAAGAGAAUGGAGACCAAUAGAGCCCCUCCUGAUAAGAGUAAUAAGAGAAUGGAGACCAAUAGAGCCCCUCCUGAUAAGAGUAAUAAGAGAAUGGAGACCAAUAGAGCCCCUCCUGAUAAGAGUAAUAAGAGAAUGGAGACCAAUAGAGCCCCUCCUGAUAGGAGAAUGGAGACCAAUAGAGUCCCUCCUGAUAAGAGUAAUAAGAGAAUGGAGACCAAUAGAGCCCCUCCUGAUAAGAGUAAUAAGAGAAUGGAGACCAAUGGAGUCCCUCCUGAUAAGAGUAAUAAGAGAAUGGAGACCAAUAGAGUCCCUCCUGAGGGAUAG